UGAGCUAUGAGGGCGACGUGCUGUACGACUGCUACGUGCGGCCCACAGAGCCCAUCGUGGACUAUCGCAGCCGCUGGAGCGGCAUCUGCAAGAAGCACAUGCUCAACGCUGUCCCCUUCUGCAAGGCCCAGCGGGAGAUCCUGAAGAUCCUCUCCGGAAAGGUGGUGGUUGGCCAUGCCAUAUGCAACGACUUCAGGGCUCUCAAGUACUUCCACCCCAAAGCACUCACCCGUGACACAUCCAAAAUCCCCUUGUUGAACCAAAAGGUUGGGCUCCCCGAGAAUACCGCCGUCUCCCUGAAGCGCUUCGCUAAGGAACUGCUGCACAAAGAUAUCCAGGUCUGA